GGGAGAGAGAAGGAGGAGGAGAGAAACCAAAUAGCGGAGAGCCAGAGGAGCAGAUCCCUCCAGUCCCUCCCGAGUCCCCGAGCUGCCAGAGGAGUCUGGAUCGUGUCCUCAGUGUCACAUGCAAGGACGCUGAGGUUCGCGGCUUCUACCCCGGGUCCCCUCCGCUUUUUCCGGGAACCUUGGCUCCUCUUUGCGUGCUCGGGGACUGUCGCCUUGCACUCCCCGGGGCCACCGUUCGGUCCCCAGCGGGAUGUGGUCGCGCUUGGCCUUUUGUUGCUGGGCUCUGGCACUAGUAACCGGCUGGACCAACUUCCAGCCUGUGGAGCCGUCGCUCAACUUCAGCUUCCGCCUGUUCCCCGAGGCCUCACCGGGGGCUCUGAGCAGACUGGCGGUGCCUCUCACGUCCGGUGAGGAGGAGGCAGCGGGGAGCAAAGUGGAGCGUCUGGGCCGCGCGUUCCGGAGCCGCGUGAGGCGACUGCGGGAGCUCAGCGGUAGCCUGGAGCUCGUCUUCCUGGUGGAUGAGUCGUCCAGCGUGGGCCAAACCAACUUCCUCAAUGAGCUCAAGUUCGUGCGCAAGCUGCUGUCCGACUUCCCCGUGGUGUCCACGGCCACGCGUGUGGCCAUCGUCACCUUCUCGUCCAAGAACAACGUGGUGGCGCGCGUGGAUUACAUCUCCACCAGCCGCGCGCACCAACACAAGUGCGCGCUGCUCAGCCGCGAGAUCCCGGCCAUCACCUACCGCGGUGGUGGCACCUAUACCAAGGGCGCCUUCCAGCAAGCCGCGCAAAUCCUUCGGCACUCUAGAGAAAACUCCACCAAAGUCAUAUUUCUCAUCACCGAUGGCUAUUCCAACGGCGGAGACCCCAGACCUAUUGCAGCCUCACUGCGGGAUUUCGGAGUGGAGAUCUUCACGUUCGGGAUUUGGCAAGGGAAUAUCCGGGAACUGAAUGACAUGGCUUCCACCCCGAAGGAAGAACAUUGUUACCUGCUCCACAGUUUUGAAGAAUUUGAGGCUUUAGCUCGCAGGGCGUUGCAUGAAGAUCUACCUUCUGGGAGUUUUAUCCAAGAGGAUAUGGCCCACUGCUCUUAUCUCUGUGAGGCUGGGAAAGACUGCUGUGACAGAAUGGCCAGCUGCAAAUGUGGGACACACACGGGUCAGUUUGAAUGCAUCUGUGAGAAGGGCUAUUACGGGAAAGGUCUGCAGUAUGAGUGCACAGCUUGCCCAUCAGGGACAUAUAAGCCGGAAGCUUCUCCAGGAGGAAUCAGCACGUGCAUCCCAUGUCCUGAUGUAAACCAUACGUCUCCACCUGGAAGCACAUCCCCUGAAGACUGCGUGUGCCGAGCGGGAUACCAGAGAUCUGGCCAGGCCUGUGAGGUUGUCCACUGUCCUGCACUGAAGCCUCCUGAAAAUGGUUUUUUUAUACAAAACACUUGCAAAAACCACUUCAAUGCUGCCUGUGGGGUCCGAUGUCGCCCGGGCUUUGACCUCGUGGGAAGCAGCAUCCAUUUGUGUCAACCCAAUGGUUUGUGGUCUGGGACAGAAAGCUUCUGCCGAGUGAGAACGUGCCCCCAUCUCCGACAGCCCAAACACGGACACAUCAGCUGCUCCACCGUGGAAAUGUCCUACAACACCCUGUGUUUGGUUACCUGCAAUGAAGGAUACAGAUUAGAAGGCAACACUAGGCUGACCUGUCAAGGAAAUGCCCAGUGGGAUGGCCCAGAACCCCGGUGUGUGGAACGCCAUUGUGCCACCUUCCAGAAGCCCAAGGGGGUCAUCAUUUCUCCACCCAGCUGUGGCAAGCAGCCUGCCAGGCCUGGGAUGACCUGUCAGCUAAGCUGCCGCCAGGGAUACAUUUUAUCUGGGGUCAGAGAAGUGAGAUGCACCACAUCUGGGAAGUGGAGUGCUAAAGUUCAAACAGCCGUGUGCAAAGACAUGGAGGCUCCACAAAUCAGCUGUCCAAAUGACAUUGAGGCAAAGACUGGGGAACAGCAGGACUCUGCUAAUGUCACCUGGCAAGUCCCAACAGCUAAAGACAACUCUGGUGAAAAGGUGUCAGUCCAUGUCCAUCCAGCCUUUACCCCACCUUACCUCUUCCCAAUUGGAGAAGUGGCCAUCACCUACACUGCGACGGACUCAUCUGGUAACCAAGCCAGCUGCACUUUCUACAUCAAGGUCAUUGAUGUGGAACCACCUGUCAUAGAUUGGUGCCGAUCUCCACCUCCAAUCCAGGUCGUAGAGAAGGAGCACCCUGCGAGCUGGGAUGAGCCUCAAUUCUCAGACAACUCUGGAGCUGAAUUGGUCAUUACCAGCAGUCACACACAAGGCGACCUGUUUCCUCACGGGGAAACGGUGGUGUGGUAUACAGCCACUGACCCCUCAGGCAACAACAGAACCUGUGACAUCCACAUUGUCAUAAAAGGUUCUCCUUGUGAGGUUCCCUUCACCCCUGUAAACGGGGACUUUGUCUGUGCCCAGGAUAGUGUUGGAGUUAACUGUAGCCUGAGCUGCAAGGAGGGCUAUGAUUUCACAGAAGGAUCAACUGAGAAGUACUACUGUGCUUUUGAAGAUGGUAUCUGGAGACCACCAUACUCUACAGAAUGGCCAGACUGUGCUAUAAAACGUUUUGCAAACCAUGGGUUCAAGUCCUUCGAGAUGCUAUACAAAACGACUCGCUGUGAUGACAUGGAUCUGUUUAAGAAGUUUUCUGCAGCAUUUGAGACGACCCUGGGGAACAUGGUCCCUUCCUUUUGUAACGAUGCUGAUGACAUUGACUGCAGACUGGAGGACCUGACCAAAAAAUACUGCAUCGAGUAUAAUUACAACUAUGAAAAUGGCUUUGCAAUUGGACCAGGAGGCUGGGGUGCAGGCAACAGGCUGGAUUAUUCCUACGAUCACUUCCUGGAUGUUGUACAGGAAAUGCCCACUGAUGUGGGCAAGGCCAGAUCGUCACGGAUUAAAAGAACUGUCCCAUUGUCUGACCCCAAAAUUCAGCUAAUUUUUAACAUCACAGCUAGCGUGCCACUCCCAGAGGAAAGAAAUGAUACCCUUGAAUUGGAGAAUCAGCAGCGACUCAUCAAGACAUUGGAAACAAUCACCAAUCGCCUGAAAAGCACCUUGAAUAAAGAGCCCAUGUAUUCUUUCCAGCUGGCCUCAGAAACAGUGGUGGCUGACAGCAAUUCCCUAGAAACUGAAAAGGCUUUUCUCUUCUGCAGACCAGGCUCUGUGCUGAGGGGGCGCAUGUGUGUCAACUGCCCCCUGGGAACCUCUUACUCUCUGAAGCAUUCAACCUGUGAAAGCUGCCUCAUGGGAUCCUACCAAGAUGAAGAAGGGCAGCUGGAGUGCAAGCUCUGUCCCCCAAGGACUCACACGGAAUAUCUCCAUUCAAGAAGUAUCUCUGAAUGCAAAGCUCAGUGUAAGCAAGGCACCUACUCUUCCAGUGGGCUGGAGACCUGCGAAUCGUGUCCACUGGGUACUUAUCAACCGGAAUUUGGAUCCCGGAGCUGCCUCCUAUGCCCAGAAACCACCACAACGGUGAAAAGAGGAGCUGUGGACAUCUCUGCUUGUGGAGUGCCCUGCCCAGUAGGAGAAUUCUCCCGCUCUGGAUUAACACCCUGCCACCCUUGCCCUCGAGACUAUUACCAACCCAAUGCAGGGAAGUCCUUCUGCCUCGCUUGUCCCUUUUAUGGAACUACAACCAUCACUGGCGCCACGUCCAUCACAGACUGCUCAAGUUUUAGCUCCACUUUCUCAGCAGCAGAAGAAAGCAUAGUGCCCCUGGCGGCCCCUGGACAUACCCAGAACAAGUAUGAAGUCAGCAGUCAGGUCUUUCAUGAGUGCUUCUUAAACCCCUGCCACAACAGUGGAACCUGCCAACAGCUUGGACGUGGUUAUGUCUGUCUCUGCCCUCCUGGAUACACAGGUACCAUAAAAGAAUAUUAAUUUUAUCAUGUUUCAUGUGAAAUUGGCAUGUGUAGUGAAUCAGACUGUCUCAAAGGCUCUAUGAUUUUUUUUUCAGGUCAAAUAUGUGAAGAAAAUAUAAAUGAGUGUAGCUCCAGCCCUUGCUUGAAUAAAGGAACCUGCACUGAUGGCUUGGCAAGCUACCGCUGUACCUGUGUGAAAGGAUACGUUGGUGUGCACUGUGAAACAGAUGUCAAUGAAUGCCAGUCGAGCCCCUGCUUAAACAACGCAGUUUGUAAAGACCAAGUUGGUGGGUUCUCGUGCAAAUGUCCACCCGGAUUUUUGGGUACUCGGUGUGAAAAAAAUGUGGAUGAGUGUCUCAGUCAGCCAUGCCAAAACGGAGCCACUUGUAAGGAUGGUGCCAACAGCUUCAGGUGUCAAUGUCCAGCAGGCUUCACAGGGACACACUGUGAACUAAACAUCAAUGAGUGUCAGUCCAACCCGUGUAGGAACCAGGCCACCUGUGUGGAUGAGCUAAACUCAUACAGUUGUAAAUGUCAGCCAGGAUUUUCAGGCCGCAGGUGUGAGACAGAACAGCCUUCGAGUUUUAACCUGGAUUUUGAAGUUUCUGGCAUCUAUGGGUAUGCCCUGCUAGAUGGAGUGCUUCCAACCCUCCAUGCUGUAACCUGCACAUUCUGGAUGAAAUCCUCUGAUGUCAUCAACUACGGGACGCCCAUCUCCUAUGCACUUGAGGGAGACAAAGACAAUACCUUCCUCCUGACUGAUUACAACGGCUGGGUUCUUUAUGUGAAUGGAAAGGAAAAAAUCACCAACUGCCCCUCCGUAAAUGAUGGCAUUUGGCAUCAUAUUGCAAUCACAUGGACAAGUACUGGUGGAGCCUGGAGGGUCUAUAUAGAUGGAGAAUUAUCUGAUGGUGGUACUGGCCUCUCCAUUGGUAAAGCCAUACCUGGUGGUGGUGCAUUAGUUCUUGGGCAAGAGCAAGACAAAAAAGGAGAGGGAUUCAACCCGGCUGAGUCUUUUGUGGGCUCCAUGAGCCAGCUCAACCUCUGGGACUAUGUCCUGUCUCCACAGCAGGUGAAGUCGCUGGCCAGCUCCUGCCCAGAGGAACUCAGUCGGGGAAACGUGUUAGCAUGGCCUGAUUUCCUGUCGGGAAUCACGGGGAAAGUGAAGAUAGAUUCUAGCAGCAUAUUCUGCUCUGAUUGCCCAUCUUUAGAAGGAUCUGUGCCUCACCUGAGACCUGCAUCAGGAGAUCGAAAGCCAGGCUCCAAAGUCAGUCUGUUCUGCGAUCCGGGCUUCCAGAUGGUUGGGAAUCCUGUGCAGUACUGUCUGAACCAAGGGCAGUGGACGCAACCACUCCCUCACUGUGAACGUAUUCGCUGUGGGCUGCCUCCCGCCUUGGAGAAUGGCUUCUAUUCAGCCGAGGACUUCCACGCUGGCAGUACGGUGACCUAUCAGUGCACCAGUGGCUACUACCUGUUAGGUGAUUCCCGAAUGUUCUGCACAGACAACGGGAGCUGGAAUGGCAUUUCACCAUCGUGUCUCGAUGUCGAUGAGUGUGCAGUUGGCUCGGACUGUAGUGAGCACGCCUCCUGUCUGAACACCAAUGGAUCCUACGUAUGCUCCUGUAACCCACCAUACACAGGAGAUGGGAAAAACUGUGCAGAACCUGUAAAAUGUAAGGCUCCAGAAAAUCCAGAAAAUGGCCACUCUUCAGGCGAGAUUUACACCGUGGGUGCUGAAGUCACAUUUUCCUGUGAAGAAGGGCACCAGCUGGUGGGAGUGAGCACAAUCACGUGUUUGGAGACUGGCGAGUGGGAUCACCUCAGACCGUCCUGUGAAGCCAUUUCCUGUGGUGCCCCACCUGUUCCUGAAAAUGGUGGUGUUGAUGGGUUGGCAUUCACAUACGGCAGUAAGGUGGUGUACAGGUGUGAUAAAGGAUAUACUUUGGCUGGGGAUGGAGAGUCAGCAUGCCUUGCUAGUGGUUCCUGGAGUCAUUCCUCUCCUGUGUGUGAGUUGGUGAAGUGUUCCCAGCCUGAGGACAUAAACAACGGCAAAUACAUCUUAAGUGGGCUCACCUACCUUUCUAUUGCAUCGUAUUCCUGUGAGAAUGGAUACAGCUUACAGGGCCCAUCCCUCCUUGAAUGCACAGCUUCCGGCAACUGGGACAGAGCGCCACCUAGCUGCCAACUUGUCUCCUGCGGAGAGCCUCCAAUCGUCAAAGAUGCUGUCAUCACUGGGAGCAACUUCACUUUUGGGAACACAGUCGCUUACACAUGCAAAGAGGGCUACACCCUUGCUGGGCCUGACACCAUCGUAUGCCAGGCAAACGGCAAGUGGAAUUCAAGUAACCACCAGUGCCUGGCUGUCUCCUGUGACGAGCCCCCCAAUGUGGACCACGCCUCUCCAGAGACUGCUCACAGGCUCUUCGGAGACACCGCUUUCUACUACUGUGCAGAUGGUUACAGCCUGGCUGACAAUUCCCAGCUCAUCUGCAAUGCCCAGGGGAACUGGGUUCCCCCCGAGGGCCAGGCUGUGCCGCGCUGCAUAGCUCACUUCUGUGAAAAACCCCCAUCCGUUUCCUACAGCAUCUUGGAGUCUGUGAGCAAAGCAAAAUUUGCAGCUGGCUCGGUAGUGAGCUUCAAGUGCAUGGAGGGUUUUGUGCUAAACACCUCAGCGAGGAUUGAAUGCCUGAAAGGUGGAGAGUGGAGCCCUUCUCCCAUGUCGGUCCAGUGCAUCCCGGUGCGGUGUGGAGAGCCUCCAAGCAUCGCAAAUGGCUACCCGAGUGGGACAAACUACAGUUUUGGGGCCGUGGUAGCCUACAGCUGCCACAAGGGAUUCUAUAUCAAAGGGGAGAAGAAGAGCACAUGUGAGGCCACAGGACAGUGGAGUAAGCCCACGCCCACCUGCCACCCUGUGUCCUGUAAUGAUCCACCUAAGGUUGAGAAUGGCUUCCUGGAGCACACCACUGGCAGGACCUUUGAGAGCGAAGCAAGGUUCCAGUGCAACCCAGGCUAUAAGGCAGCCGGAAGUCCUGUGUUUGUCUGCCAAGCCAAUCGCCACUGGCACAGCGACGCCCCUCUGUCCUGCGCCCCUCUCAACUGUGGGAAACCUCCUCCCAUUCAGAAUGGCUUUUUGAAAGGAGAAAGCUUUGAAGUAGGGUCCAAGGUUCAGUUUGUCUGUAAUGAGGGAUAUGAGCUCGUUGGUGAUAAUUCUUGGACUUGUCAGAAAUCUGGCAAAUGGAGUAAGAAGCCAAGCCCGAAGUGUGUCCCCAUCAAGUGCGCAGAGCCUCCUCUCUUAGAAAACCAGCUGGUAUUAAGGGAAUUAGCUUCCGAGGUCGGAGUGAUGACCAUUUCCUGUAAAGAGGGGCAUGCCUUGCAAGGCCCCUCUGUCCUGAAAUGCUUGCCAUCUGGGCAAUGGAAUGGUUCCUUUCCUAUUUGUAAGAUGGUCCUUUGUCCCUCGCCUCCCUUGAUUCCCUUCGGCGACCCCGCAUCUUCCGGUGCUCUUCAUUUUGGAAGUACUGUCAAGUAUUUGUGUGUCGACGGGUUUUUCUUAAGAGGCAGUCCAACCAUCCUCUGCCAGGCUGAUGGCACCUGGAGUUCUCCAUUGCCCGAAUGCGUCCCAGUAGAAUGUCCCCAACCUGGGGAGAUCCUCAACGGUAUCAUCCACGUGCAAGGGCUUGCCUAUCUCAGCACCACGCUCUACACCUGCAAGCCAGGCUUCGAGUUAGUGGGCAAUGCUACUAACCUCUGUGGGGAAAAUGGCCAAUGGCUUGGAGGGAAACCAAUGUGCAAACCCAUUGAAUGCCCAGAGCCCAAGGAGAUUUUAAAUGGCCAAUUCUCUUCUGUGAGCUUUCAGUAUGGACAAACCAUCACAUACUUUUGUGACCAGGGCUUCCGGCUCGAAGGUUCCAAAUCCCUGACCUGUUUGGAGACAGGUGACUGGGAUAUGGAUCCCCCCUCUUGCAAUGCCAUCCACUGCAGUGACCCACAGCCCAUUGAAAAUGGUUUCGUGGAAGGUGCGGAUUACAGAUACGGUGCCAUGAUCAUCUAUAGCUGUUUCCCUGGGUUUCAGGUGCUUGGUCAUGCCAUGCAGACCUGUGAAGAGUCGGGAUGGUCAAGCUCCAGCCCGACAUGUGUACCCAUAGACUGUGGUCUCCCUCCUCACAUAGACUUUGGUGACUGUACUAAAGUCAAAGAUGGCCAGGGACAUUUUGAUCAAGAAGACGACAUGAUGGAAGUCCCAUAUCUGACUCCUCACCCUCAACAUUUGGAAGGAACAGCCAAGACCUUGGAAAAUACAAAGGGGUCCCCUGCUUCACAUGCAUCCCACUUCCUCUAUGGCACGAUGGUUUCCUACAGCUGUGAGCCUGGUUAUGAAAUGCUGGGAAUCCCAGUGCUGAUCUGCCAGGAAGAUGGGACGUGGAAUGGGACCGCACCCUCUUGCAUUUCCAUUGAAUGUGAUUUGCCUGUUGCUCCCGAAAAUGGCUUUUUACAUUUCACACAGACGACUAUGGGCAGUGCUGCACAAUAUAGCUGCAAGCCAGGGCACAUUCUGGAAGGCUCCCACUUAAGACUUUGUCUGCAGAAUAAGCAGUGGAGUGGCACUGUUCCACACUGUGAAGCCAUCUCAUGCAGUAAGCCAAACCCACUCCGGAAUGGAUCCAUCAAAGGAGAUGACUACUCCUACCUGGGUGUGUUAUACUACGAGUGUGACUCUGGCUAUAUUCUCAACGGCUCUAAGAAGAGGACAUGCCAAGAAAAUAAAGAUUGGGAUGGGCAUGAGCCCACGUGUAUUCCUGUGGAUUGUGGCUCACCCCCAGUCCCCACCAAUGGCCGAGUGAAGGGAGAAGAAUACACAUUCCAAAAGGAGAUUGCAUACUCUUGCCGUGAAGGCUUCAUACUGGAAGGAGCCAAGAGUCGUGUCUGCCUUACCAAUGGAAGUUGGAGUGGUGCCACUCCCAGCUGCAUGCCUGUCAGAUGUCCUGCCCCACCACAGGUGCCAAAUGGGGUGGCAGAUGGCCUAGAUUAUGGGUUCAAGAAGGAAGUAGUGUUCCACUGUCUAGAGGGCUAUGUGCUGCAGGGGGCUCCAAGACUCACCUGUCAGUCCAACGGGACUUGGGAUGCAGAAGUCCCCGUCUGUAAACCAGCUACCUGUGGUCCUCCUGCCGACCUUCCCCAGGGCUUCCCUAAUGGCUUUUCUUUUUAUCAUGGGGGCCAUAUACAGUAUCAGUGUUUUACUGGUUAUAAGCUUCAUGGAAACCCAUCAAGAAGAUGCCUUCCAGACGGUUCCUGGAGCGGCAGCUCUCCUUCCUGCCUACCUUGCAGGUGUUCUACACCCAUCAUUCAACAGGGAACCAUCAACGCAACUGAUUUGGGGUGUGGAAAGACGGUCCAGAUUGAGUGCUACAAAGGCUUCAAGCUGCUGGGACUUUCUGAAAUCACCUGUGAUGCCAAUGGCCAGUGGUCUGACUUCCCACUGUGUGAGCAUGCUCAGUGCGGGCCUCUCCCAACCAUACCCAACGCAAUCGUCCUCGAGGGCAGCCUUUCAGAGGACAACUCGGUAACUUACAGCUGCAGACCUGGCUACAUCAUGCAAGGCAGUUCAGAUCUGAUUUGUACAGAGAAAGCGUUAUGGAGCCAGCCUUACCCAAUGUGUGAACCCCUGUCCUGUGGACCCCCACCAACUGUAGCCCACGCAGUGGCAACAGGAGAGGCGCAUACCUAUGAAAGCAAAGUGAAACUCAGGUGUCUGGAAGGGUAUGUGAUGGAUUCAGAUACAGAUACGUUCACCUGCCAGCAAGAUGGCCAUUGGGUCCCUGAAAGAAUUACCUGCAGUCCUAAAAAAUGUCCUGUGCCAUCCAACAUGACACACAUACGUGUUCACGGAGACGACUUCCACGUGAAUAGACAAGUUUCUGUGUCAUGUGCAGAAGGGUUUACCUAUGAAGGAGUGGACUGGUCAACAUGCCAGCCCGACGGUACAUGGGAGCCACCAUUUUCUGAUGAGUCCUGUAUCCCAGUUGUUUGUGGGCAUCCUGAGAGCCCAGAGCAUGGCUCCGUGGUUGGGAAUGAACACAGCUUUGGAAGCACCGUUGUUUAUCAGUGUGACCCUGGCUACAAAUUAGAGGGGAACAGAGAACGCGUCUGCCGGGAGAACAGACGGUGGAGUGGAGAGGUGGCGGUGUGCAGAGAGCACAGAUGUGAGGCUCCAGCUGAGUUUCCCAAUGGGAAGGCUGUCCUGGAAAAUGCCACAUCUGGACCCAGCCUUCUGUUCUCCUGUCACAGAGGCUACACCCUGGAAGGGUCCCCUGAGGCACACUGCACUGCAAAUGGAACCUGGAGUCACCUGAUUCCCCUCUGCAAACCAAACCCAUGCCCUGUCCCUUUUGUGAUUCCUGAGAACGCCCUCCUUUCUGAAAAGGAGUUUUACGUCGACCAGAAUGUGUCUAUCAAGUGCAGGGAAGGCUUCCUGCUCAAAGGCAAUGGUGUCAUCACGUGCAGUCCUGACGAGACAUGGACGCACACAAGCGCCAGAUGUGAAAAAAUCUCCUGUGGUCCUCCAAGUCACGUAGAGAACGCGAUUGCUCGAGGGGUGCAUUACCAGUAUGGGGACAUGAUCACCUACUCCUGUUACAGUGGCUACAUGCUAGAAGGUUCCCUCCGGAGUGUUUGCCUAGAAAAUGGAACGUGGACACCAUCUCCUGUUUGCAGAGCUGUCUGCCGGUUCCCAUGUCAGAAUGGAGGCGUCUGCCAACGUCCAAAUGCUUGCUCAUGCCCAGAUGGCUGGAUGGGACGUCUCUGUGAAGAACCUAUAUGCAUACUCCCCUGUUUGAAUGGUGGGCGCUGUGUGGCCCCUUAUCAGUGUGACUGCCCCACAGGCUGGACUGGGUCCCGCUGUCAUACAGCUACUUGUCAGUCCCCUUGCUUAAAUGGGGGGAAAUGCAUAAGACCAAACCGAUGCCAUUGUCUCUCAGCCUGGACAGGACAUGAUUGCUCCAGGAAAAGGAGAGCCGGGCUUUGACCCCGUACCCCACCCCCUCUCCCGAAGCAGCAUCAUCUCCUUCCAGUAGCUCCUGGGACUCCCACCAAGAAAGACCAAUGCGGUGCUGGGGCUUGUUUGGUUUUAUAAGCUUGAGGUUGACUUUUUAAUUUUGUGAUCUAUUUUGUUAUUUUUUGUGUGACGUCCUUUCUUACGUGUGUGCGUUGUUUAAAUAUGCUUGCAUUUUCUAUAUAAAAUUUAUAUUAAACGGACGCGCUCCAUCCUCACCAGAUGUACAUACUCUGCUGUCUGCUGGGAAAGGCCCUGGAAUACAUUUUUAUUCAAUUACUUAAAGAUGACUUUCCAUUAAAAUAUAUUUUGCUACUAAAUAAGAUUUUUGCUGGGAAGUACCAUUUUUCCAAGGUGGCUGGGGAACAAAGAAAAGAACUCACGAACUUCCUUCUAAUCCUCUGGCACAGCACAUGAUUGCACAUGGUACACUGAACAGUUAUGAUAAAGAAGGCCCCUCCUUUAGUCCUGUCUUGUUUACACAGUGUGCAGCUGUAAAGGUUUUCUUUCUUCAUUAAAGGAACUCGAGCUGGACUUAGUGCCCCUGCUAAGAAGUCUGUCCUGGUGUUGAGGGUGACUUGCAGGAACCUUUUCCACAUUUGGAAAGCUGUAGACAUCAACUUAGGGGUGGGGUGGAAUGAUCACGAUUUAUAAGUGAUUUAAAUUUACUCU